AUGCUGUUGACUCCUGAAGACUCCGUGCUCAAUGCCAAGACAGCCGAGAGGCUGCUAGAGCGGUUGGAGGCGGUGGAGGUGCUGCGCAGGGCGGUGGCGGUGUUUGGCGGGGACUGGUUCCGGCUGGGCCUGUCCACGUACAAGUCGCACGAUCUGCCCGCCUGGUGGCGCGCUGGCAUCCACGACAAGGGGCUCGUCAAGGGCAUAUUGGUGCACGGGUACGGGGCGUGGGCGGCCAUCAUGAAGGACCCCGACCUGCCCUUCGCCGCGCUCAUAGCGCCCAGCAAGGCCGCCAAGGGCAAGGCGGGGCCCCGCAAGGCCGCGGCAGAGGCAGACGCCAGUGGCACAGGCGAGGGCGGGAGAGGCGGCAGUGAGCUGGAGGACGAGGACGGGGCGGGCGGGGGGGCGGCAGGGGAGGGGGCACCGAAGGCGAAGGUGGUGGUGCGGAGGGUGAAGUACCUGGAGAAGAUGCUCAGGCGCCAGCUCAUCAAGCGCGACAGCUCUGGGCCCCGCAAGCGCAUGUCUGCUGCUGCCAAGGCUGCUGCUGCCGCGGCAGCUGCAGCUGCUGGCACUGGUGCUGCUGGUUCUGCUGAUGCCAAGCCUGCUGCUGGCACUCUCAGUGGUGCCGCCGCUGCUGCUGAUGUGGAUGCACAGCAGCGGCGAGUGCAUGGACACAUGGCGCCUGCUGGUUGGUUGGCAGGUGCGCUACAUAAGGCUGGAGUGGGGGAAGAUGUAGAAAGAGGUGGGGGAGGAGAGAGGGGAGGAAGGGGGGCAGGUGUGAACCUGGACUUCACAUUGGAGAGGGGCGCAGGUGCUGCAGGAGUAGGUGGGGGGGAAGUAGGAGGUUCCAAUCCUAGUUCUUAUGGUGGCGCUGUUGCUGCUGAGGGUACUGGUUCGGCCAGAGCUGUGGGUGGAGGUCUAGGCUUGGGUAUGGGUGGAGGCAUGGGUGGAGGCAUGGGUGGAGGCAUGGGUGGAGGUAUGGGUGGAGGUAUGGGUGGAGGUAUGGGUGGGCUCGAUCUGAAUUUGGACUUGGACGACGCCAUGGAGGACUAG